AUGCCUGCGGGCGUGUCCUGGCCCACCUACCUGAAAAUGUUCACAGCCAGCCUCCUGGCCAUGUGCGCGGGGGCAGAAGUGGUGCACAGGUACUACCGGCCCGACCUGACAAUACCUGAAAUUCCACCCAAACCUGGAGAACUCAAAACGGAGUUUUUGGGACUUAAAGAGAGACAACAAAAAUCUUGA